UACACACACAUAGUAAUAAUAAUAAUGCAGCUGCCUCCGCUCCUACUGCUCCAGGAAACAGGAAGAGAAAUGCAGCAGAGUCUGUGCAACUACAAACUGAUCACUCAGGGGCCCCGGCACAGAGAGACGCACUACUUACUGCAGGAAAGGUGGGAGAAUAACAGAUAAUAAGCCGAAAAGAUGUCUUCCAACAACAUCCAGCAGCAGUUCCAAGAUCAGUGGAACGAUAUCCUGGGCCGGGUGGCCAAUAAGCAGAUGUUCCAGUCCGACUGGGAUAUUGCAGCCUUCGUCAUCUUCUUUGUGUUUAUAGGUCUGAUCCUGUUGCUGGUGAUCUUGGUCCUGAUCAGAUGUUGCUGCUGCUGUUGCUGUGACUGUGAAUCCCAAGGGCCAAAGAAACAUUACAAGCAAAAAGUUGGCGUUGACAACCCAGCGAUGGAGCCGUAACCCCUCCUUCCUCUUGUGACUGACAGCGCAACGAGCCAAUGGAUGAUCCGGCCAACUGCUGAGAUGAAGCCGUGUUUUUGUUUUUUCACGGUUGAGAUAUAUAAAUUUUAGGGUGGCUGUUGCCAAAAUGACUCCCAUUAGAAGCUUCAAAAUAGACCAAAUAGAUCGACACGCCUUCUAUUAAUCAUUAAAAGCACAAUCUUAUGGCAUGUCAUUUUAAUUUCUAUUUCAUUCAGAUGGAGCCAGAACUGUAGGCAUUAGUAUUGUGGAGAAUAAAGACGGCCACUGGAUCUUUGUUACAGGUGAUGCCUCAAGAUGUUGUGACUGAGGACGUCAUUGCUAAUUCUCCACAAAAGGGCAACUAAAUUCCUUUGGGAAAAUUCUAAACAUUAACUGUUGGAAAGAUCCACAUUUAAACCAUAUUAGGGAGACCCUCUUAAAACGUUGUACUGCAAAACCCUUUAACCCCCUUAUCCUUGGGAUAACCAACGAGUGACCUCCAUUAUUAAUGGCUGCUCUUCAGCCUGCAUGGCAAUGGACUUGUCCUACUUCCCUCUCAAUUCUUUUUGCCAAAUUAUGUACAGGUAGGGGACCUGCUAUCUGGAAUGCUCAGGACCUGGGGUUUUCUGGAUAAGGGAUCUUUCCAUAAUCUUUCAAGUCUACUGGAUAAUCAUGUAAACAUUAAAUAAACCCAA